AAAAGUUCCUUCAUUUCGCUUCAGCAGAGGCGCAGACCAAACCUUUUUCCUUCUUGAGAGAGAGAAGAGUGAAACCCUAAAAAUGGUUUCUGGAUCAGGAAUCAUGGCGAAAAGAGUGGUGGUCGACGCUCGUCACCACAUGUUGGGGCGUCUAGCGUCCAUUGUUGCUAAGGAGCUUCUCAGUGGCCAACGCGUUGUUGUUGUUCGUUGUGAGGAGAUUGCACUUUCUGGUGGACUUGUUAGGCAGAAAAUGAAGUAUCUUCGCUUUCUUCGUAAGAGGAUGAAUACGAAGCCAUCUCAUGGCCCCAUCCAUUUCCGUGCGCCUUCCAAAAUCUUUUGGCGUACUGUUAGGGGAAUGAUUCCCCACAAGACCAAGAGAGGAGCUGCUGCAUUGGCCAGGUUGAAGGUUUACGAGGGUGUUCCCCCACCAUACGAUAAGACCAAGAGGGUGGUGGUGCCUGAUGCUCUUAAGGUGUUGAGGCUUCAAAAGGGUCACAAGUACUGCUUGCUCGGCCGUCUAUCUAAAGAAGUCGGGUGGAACCACUAUGACACUAUCAAGGAGCUUGAGGAGAAGAGGAAAGCAAGAUCUCAGGAAGUCUACCAAAGGAAGAAGCAGCUCAACAGACUCAGAGUGAAGGCAGAGAAGGCUGCUGAAGAGAAGCUUGGAGCUCAGCUAGACAUUCUAGCACCAGUCAAGUACUGAACGUAAGAUAUGAUCACCUGCGGUUUUGUUAAAGCCAAACGAUUAGAGUUAACAUUUGUACUGCCAUUUCAUGUUCUUUAGUCAUCAUUCCUGCUAUACUUGGAUCAUAUCUAUCAUUUUGUUUGAGCAUAAUUUUGAAAUUUUGUUGGCACUCGCUAAAUCUACAUAUCAUUUGAUCAAAGUAGUUUGGCAACUGUUUAAUUAGGAUAGUAGCUUGUGUCUGGAUUCUGGAGUAUCUUCAAGUUGUUAAAGUGUUCCAGUUUGUUUUGUUUCGUGAUAUCGCAGUUUGACUAAAAGCUCUAUGUCGAAA